UUAUCGUAACGAAACAUUAUGGAAAAAAUCACUAUUUUCUUAAUUUAAAUUUAAGGAGCUAAGACUUUGAAAUACGAAUGUGUUCUGUUUUAUUAGGCUUUACCGAAUUUCAGACAAUUUCAAAAUCGCGAAAUAAUAGAUUUUCCUCGUCAUGAAUCCCUACGAUAACGUUACUAACUUCAAUGUAAUUGACAAUCGCAUAUUCAUGAUCGACCUGCGUGUGAGAGGUUAAGAUUUUGAGAUUGUAAAUUUACGUAAUACGUCAUGUGCAAGUCUUCCCGCAGCAGCAACAAUGCGCGGGUCGUGUAAAACCCCUAACACACAUUGCAUCGUGGGUUUCUCUGUUAUUUGUGUAAACAAUUUCUGCGAUUUCUGCGAGCAUGACAUAUAUGCCGUAUCAUUGUUACUCGCUACCCAGUAACUCGUAACAUACUUCAAACUCGUUGCGAAGCAGAUUUCAAAGAUCAGAACAGAUCAGAAAGAAAUGUUGAUAUGUCGCGAGUGUGUGCUAGCGGUGAUUAUUAUAAAUACGUGCAACUGUUCCUUAAUUAGAUGAAUAAUUUAAUAAAUAAGGUCAUUAACUUGGAGUUAAACCACGUCGGAAGAUUAUGAACGCAUUUCAUCGAAGAGCGAGGUUCUUUUGAGGUGUGCAACACGUGACUGAGGUCGCCAACGGUUUGAGGUUAUGUCAAGGGCGAUGACUACAAGUAGGUACAACAAUAGCCAACUUUGUCUGGCACGGGGUUUGUACAGAUCCAAGAUCCAAGAUGGAGCGUUAUUACAAUAACAGGGGAGGAGCAAAGGAGAAUAAGAAUUAUACGAACAAGAAACAAGAGGGGAACAUCGAGUAAGCACAGAGCGCCGCCUUGUCUAGCCGAAAUAGUGAAGUUGCUGAAAAAUUGUGGGCACAAGUCCAUCCGGAGUGAUAAGGUAAACCGCCGAGAGCUGCAGACUGAAGUCUGAUUGCCCCAUGCAGUCAUCCAUUUGAAGAUCUUAUCCGAGAGGGAAAGAUAACAAAAAGCUGAGCCAAGAAACAAAGAAAAAAAAAGCGCAAUGGCGGCCGAGGAGGGUCCCAACUUGUCGGGGGCCCGAAGCGGGGCCCGGGCGACCCUGAAACGGCCCCUCAACGCGUCUAGCGUCAUGCAGGGAAUCGGUGGCACCCUGGAGGACAAGAGCAGCGACUACCUCUGCCCGAUAUGCUUCGAGGUGAUAAACGAGGCGCACAUAACGCGGUGCGGACACACAUUUUGCUACCGCUGCAUAGUGCGAUCGCUGGAAGUGAGCUCGAGGUGCCCGAAAUGCACCUUCGCCCUCGGCCAGCAGGACAUCUUUCCCAAUUUCCUGCUCAACGAGCUCAUCGCCAAGUACAAAACGCGGUUACGAGGAGUCGCGGAGUUGCGACGAGGCCGCGGGGACUCGUGGAUAAACGGCGACGAGGUGGGAUCCUCGUCGUUUAUUCCGUCGAACGAUGGUCUGCGUGACUUUGUUGCGUCUGAAAGCGCUCACCUUAGCCUCUCCGACGUGAACGUGAUGUUGGAGGUCCUUACGCAGAAGAAACUGCUCCUUGAGGCGGAGUCUUGCGCCUCGCAGAACAAGCUUCUCCAUGAAUUUCUCAAACACCUUCUCCGUCGAAAGGAGGAACAGCGUAACCAGCUGACGAAGGAGGUCGCUUUGAUCAAGCGUGACAUGGCCGAGGUCGAGAAGAUUCUCAGGGACAUUCAGAGCCGAUGUCCUCGCGUCGAGGACCUUAACGCAUCCAGCGAAACGGACACCGCUCAGGUCUCGGCGAUUAAAAAAGAGAUGAUCAGCCUGUUGGGGAUGAUAGACUCCGCGAUGCAGAGUGACGGUGGGGACGAGGCUUUUCCUACCGUUGCAGCGCGAACUCCGACUGGCUCGGUUCUCGCGCUGAGGAGGAAGCGGAUGCACGCGCACUUCGACGACUUCGUUAAGUGCUACUUCGACUCACAGGCGAAGGAGCUCCACUUUGGAAGGGAUAGAGCGGCGGCCGCAGCGAACCAGGGAUCCUCUUCAGGGCUGAACGUCUUCAGGGAAAACCUGGUAAAGUUCUCAAGAUACAGCGCUCUGCGUCAACUCGCUACGCUCAACUACUCCUCGGAUAUAUUCAACAGCUCGACCAUCGUCUCGAGCAUUGAGUUCGACAAGGACAGCGACUUCUUCGCGAUAGCCGGGGUCACGAAGCGGAUAAAGGUCUUCGACUACGGUGCCGUGAUUCGUGACGCGGUCGACAUCCACUAUCCCUGCGUCGAGAUGGUAUCCAGCUCUAAGAUAUCCUGCAUAUCGUGGAACUCGUACCACAAGGCGUUGCUCGCUUCGUCUGACUACGAGGGUACCGUUACCGUCUGGGAUGCCGAGACUGGUCAACGUACCAAGGCCUUUCAGGAGCACGAGAAGCGGUGCUGGUCCGUAGACUUCAACGACGUUGACACACGGCUGAUAGCUUCUGGCUCUGACGACGCCCGCGUAAAGCUCUGGUCCCUUAACGUUGACCACUCUGUCGCCUCUCUGGAAGCUAAGGCGAACAUCUGCUGCGUAAAGUUCAACCCCCGAAGCUCCUGCCACCUGGCCUUCGGCUCCGCGGACCACUGCGUGCACUAUUACGACCUCAGGAACAUGAAGGAGCCGCUCUGCGUGUUCAAGGGUCACCGGAAGGCAGUGUCCUACGUCAAGUUCAUUAACGGUGAGAACAUCGUUUCGGCAAGUACCGACUCGCAGCUCAAGAUGUGGAACGUAAACAGUCCUCACUGCCUCAGAUCUUUGGUAGGGCACGUUAACGAGAAGAACUUUGUCGGUUUGGCGACAGAUGGCGAUUACGUCGCAUGUGGAUCGGAGAACAACGCACUCUAUGUUUACUACAAGGGACUAUCGCGGCAACUCUUCUCCUACAAGUUCGACGCAGCCAGGAGUGUCCUUGAACUUCAGGAACGCAAGGAGGAGGAGACCAAUGAGUUUGUCUCGGCCGUAUGCUGGCGGCAGAUGUCAAAUGUUGUCGUGGCGGCCAAUUCUCAGGGGAUCAUCAAGAUCCUCGAACUCGUCUGACCGACUUCCGGCAGACCCUGAUGUGCCGCCGCCAUUGCCGCAACUUUACCGCCCGGGUUCUGCGGAUUUUGCAUCGACCGUGGGAUCGGAGGGAAGAAUGAUUGGUGGAAAUAAGCUGCCUGGUGGGCGGCACAAUUUUCGGAGUGGUUGGACUAUCGAUUGGUCGCUCAACGACUUUUGAGGAUAUUUUUACGGACUCGAAACAGGAGAUUGUUAACAGCCGAGAAAAGUUUUUUAUGUUCAUUAGCGAUGCCUGAACAUGGAAUUAAUCGUGACGCUACCGGAUAUGACGAGACUUGCACGUUAUUUCGAUUGGGAAUCGACUUGCGAAGCAACGAGCCACCCGGAAAACCGCGGACAGAGUUCAACCUCUGGAGGAAGAAGCAGGUGCUACAUCUCAUUCAACGACACUAUCGAGUUUCUCUUAUCGCAGGGACGGAAACCUAACAAAGAUUUCUCGAAUGAAUCUGCACAAAAAUACGAGAUUGAAGAAUGAAAAUAACGGAGCAGGAAAGAAGAACAUGAAAUUCUUGAUAUCGAAAAUCCGUAUAACCGUAUUCAUAAGAUUAUAAAGCAAUAUUCAACGAAAUAUUAUUCCGAGUGUAGGUACUAAGCAUGUAUUAUAGCUUUCUUGUAAAAAUUGUUUUUCGAAACUUAUCCUUGAUUUAGAAAAAGAAUGAAAGUGAAAUAUUUAA